UCAACUGUCUGUUGAGGUUUACGAACCUAUUUGAUCAUGAGACCGUGGAAGUAAAUUGCCCUAGGAAUGCAGUUUUGAUUUUGAUCAGGAAGAUGAACCCGCGUAUAUUUGUCCAUGCUAUUGUUAAUGGAUCCUACCAUGAUCCAUUAUUGUUAUGUUUGAUACUUGCUUACCGCGUGAUGAUCAACAGCGGUUUCUGUUUGAGAGAGAGUUUUAUGGGCGGGAGGCUAUGAACGUUAUAGCAAUUGAGGGCAUGAAGAGAGUGGAGAGACCUGAAACAUACAAGCAGUGGCAUAUCCGGAAUUCAAGGGCUGGGAUCAAGACACUGCCGUUGGAUCAGGAGCUGAUGAAGAAACUUAGGACUGAGUUGAAAGUGUAUCACAAAGAUUUUGCAAUUGAUGAAGACUGUCAUUGGCUGCUGAUGGGAUGGAAGGGCAGGACUAUCUAUGCUGCUUCUUGCUGGUUCAAAAUCAGGAUGUAGCAACUGGCAUACACAUGAGCACACAAAAAAACACUGACAUGUGAGUGAUCUUGAAGAGCUAGGAAAACUUCUAUUAUAUGCAAAAGCAAAAUCAAAAGAAGUCUUAAGAAGUAGACGGAGAAAUCUGAAGAGGGAGUUGACUUGUAGCAUAUUGACAAGCAGAGCAAACAGGGAACUCCUUGUUAGAGCUAAGAACUAAGAAGCAAAUUGAGCAGAGACAAAAAUAAAGAAUUUUUAAAUUCCAAAGAAACAUUAGAGGAAGCUUCAAUUGAAUCCCAUUGUUUACCCGUUAGUGCUCAACUUUCUGGAAUUUGCUUCUCUAAUAGAUUUCUGAUGCAUAGAUGGCCAUGAA